AUUCAGGAAGGAAAAAUAGACUAUUUUAGUUUGUGAUAGUGUUGUCUACAGUUUGUCUGCACUUCUGGACAUAAGGUUUUUCAUACGCUGAAAAUGGCGAACCAAGCACCUCCGCCUGAAUAUACCGAGCAGCCUAAAGUGGCACCAGGUCAAGGCCAACCGAUGUACCCACAGCUAUCUCAACCUCAACAACAGCAACCUCAAGCUAUGGUGGUUACACAAACAGUGCAGAAGGAACCAAGUGCAAUGAGAGCAGCCAUUCCAGCACUUCCUUUAGCGCUUGGUAUCAUAUAUGGAAUACUGAAUUUUUUAAUUCCUGGUCUAGGAACAAUCCUGGCAGGUUUCAGCGUUCUAUGCUGUGGCAACGCUGGUCAAUCUGGCGGUGGAAGAGUCGGAACAUUCUGCAUCAACUUCUGGGUUGGAAUUGUGCAGAUAAUAUUGGUUCCAAUUUUCUUGAUCGGAUGGAUCUGGAGCAUCAUUUGGGGGGUAGCACUCAUUACUCUAGCAGCUUCUCCAAACAAAUCAACAACAACAACAACCGUCGUUGCAGCUCAAGGUCCCCAAACGUCAAUCGUCACAGUCAGCACUUGAUCUAAGCAAACUAGAAUAUUAUUCAAUAUUUCAAACUUUUAUGACUCCAUUUGCUUUUUUACACCCUGCAUGACCAAAUUUUGCAUUUCCGUCUCAAUACCCAAUGUGGGAUUUUUUUAUUUGUCAAGAAAAGAAAAUUUGCAGAUGCCAGACCAUAGGUGGCUUCAUUCCUAGUCUAAUGUAGGCAUUUUUUUUUGCUUUUUUAUUGUCUUGUUGUUUAUGAAAGAAAUGCACGAGUCAAUAUUACUUCAACUUAAAAUAGGUAGACUUUCUGUAGAUAAGUCAACUACUAAUCUGGUUAUUAAAUGAAAAUGAUUAGUUGAAGGCUUUAGUACUGCUAAUCAAUUUCAUUCAAUAUUUUAUCUUCACAUUGAAUCUAAUGGUGUGUCGUAAACUGAUUCGUGGUGUCCAUGAUUCAUGUGACUCUUUUGAGAUGAACAUUACAAAUAUUUCUUCCAUUCUAGCUUAUAAGUCAAUUCUGUGUCUCAUCUUUUUUCGCGAAUGCAUGAAUUUGUCAUUCAUAUCUAUCUUAUUAGAGAAAAAAUGUGUUAUAAGAAAAGAAAAGACAAAUAUGUUUUUCUAAAAAUUGUGGCAUGGGAUUUUUGAAAUGUGAUAUAUCGACGCAAUUUCAAUCGAAACAUUGAAGUAUAUUUCUAAUUCAAAAA